GGGGAUGAAGGUAGAGAAAACAACGAACAGUUUUCUAUAUUGUUGGAACAACUCAUUAAGCGUAUAGCAAAUAAACUUCCGGAUCCGCAAAAAUCAGCAAAUCAAUUGUCUAAUUUUACAAAAAUCGGUGACCCACAGCUAUAUAAAUUAAUAAAAGAUUGCAUGGACUCUCAAUCUGAUUACAAGACAGUCAAAAAAUCUCAGAAAGAAGCAUUAAAGAAAAUAGAACAAGUUUCAUCUUCUCUAUACGAGACCUUUUUAAUUAUAUUACGUCGAAUCAGCUUGACUAUAAUCAACAAAGAUCUUAUUCCAUUGCUUAUGCAUAAAAUGAACACAAUAAUGUCUAUUGACUCGAUAAGUCAAACCAACGAGAACAAGUCAACGAAUGAAAAUAAUGAUAAAGAUUCAGUAAGCCAAAAUAAUAAUAGCGAAUCAACAAGUCAGAACAAUAAAAAUAAUGAGAACGAGUCUAUAAAUCAACAAAAUAGUAAUAUGGUAAAAGCUGCCCAUGAUUUAUUAAAGGAAAUAUCGCUGCGUUUCCCAGCGCUGUAUAGAUCUCAUAUCGGUGAACUUACACAAUUACUUGCAGAAGAUGCUAACGAAUUGCUUAUCGAAGAUAGCCUGGAGGCACUUUCCCAGUUCUCAAAGAAAUAUCCAAAUGAAACACCACAAGAUAGCAUAUGCAAACGACGUUUAAUUAAAUAUGCGCUUGAAGGAUCACAGCAACAAGCCAAAUAUGCUGCAAUUGUUUUGGGUCAAAUGCACGACAAAUACCAAAUAUUUACGGGCUUAUUACGGAAAAUUGUUCCGAAUCUUUCACACGACUCUCCAAAUCUUCUAAGUCACCUUUCGGUAUUAAGUGAAUUAGCACUUUACUCUUCGUCAAAAUACGAAGAAGAAAGCGAGGCUAUUACGGAAUUUAUAAUUAAAGAAUUAAUUUAUACAAAUAGAUAUCAG